CCCACACGCAACUGGAAACGCAGAUAUCGACGCAGGCCGACCCUUCUGAUCUUGCGUUGCGUCGCUCCUCCAUUCUUCUCCUCUUCUCACCUCUCCUCCAACUGCUUACACGUAGGUAGAAGUAGGAGUUCUUUGUCGGAGGAGGGAGACUUUGGCUGUUUACCGCUCCGAUUCCCAUCCCGGCCUGCGUUUAUUUUCAAUUUUCUUGCUUCCUCUGAACUGAAGCUUGCGUUGUUUGGAUUGGACUUUGGAGCUUAAAAAAUCAUUCAAGACAAAUAAAUUAGGUGUUUUUUCGUGUCGUCUUAUUUCUCCAUUGGUGUUUGAUAUGGAAUAGUGAGGAACCUGUGGUGGAAGGAAGCAUUGGGAAUUUCGAGUCAGAUUGAGAAUUGGUUGGGGGAAAUUCAACCGUAUGGGGAAUACAUUGGGGAGAAGGAGGCAGGUUGUGGAUGAGAAGUACACUAGGCCUCAGGGGUUGUACCAGCACAAAGAUGUGGAUCACAAGAAGCUCAGGAAGCUUAUUCUGGAUUCAAAAUUGGCGCCUUGUUAUCCUGGAGACGAUGAUUCCGCCUCUGACCUUGAAGAGUGUCCCAUUUGCUUCUUGUUCUACCCAAGUCUUAAUCGUUCGAGAUGCUGCAUGAAAGGCAUUUGUACUGAAUGUUUUCUGCAGAUGAAGACUCCCAAUUCUACCCGGCCGACACAGUGCCCUUUUUGCAAAACAUCCAACUAUGCUGUUGAGUAUCGAGGGGUUAAGACAAAGGAGGAGAAAGGCUUGGAUCAACUUGAAGAACAACGAGUUAUAGAAGCCAAAAUAAGGAUGAGGCAACAAGAACUUCAUGAAGAGCAGGAAAGGAUCCUCCAACGAAGAGAAAUUCGUUCUAGCAGUAUGAGAGUACCGACUGAGGUCGAUUAUUGCUCGACUAGAGCACCGUCUUAUGCUUCCACUAUAGAAAGUGCAGACAUUGUUGCUUCACAAGAGUCACACCCUACUUCUGCCAUAAGAUCAUCUCCAUGCCAAGGGCAAAAUAGGGAGGAUGACUUCGACGUCGAUAUAGAAGAAAUAAUGAUAAUGGAAGCCAUAUGGUUGUCGAUUCAGGAGAAUGGUGCGUGCCAAAAUUCACCCUACAACGAAACAGCUGAAUCAGCUGGCUUUCCAGCAGAUGACGGCUGUUCCUUCCCGGCCAUGGGCAGAUCAACAACUUCAUCUCCUUCCAGCAGCCUCGCCUGUGCAAUCGCUGAAUGUCAACAGAACAACAGUGGAGAGAGCUCCCAUAACUACAGUAGGAACACGCCCAAUUGGGAUGAGCAGGAGGCCGGGACUUAUUUCCCGGGAGAGAGUCCGCCAGAUGCCCAAUUAGCAACAACCAGUGAAUGGGGGGAUCAUAGAUCUGAUGAGAUAGGCAAUGAAUUUGAUGAGGCUAUUGGUUGUGAGCCUCAAGCCGUGGCUGGGGCCAUAGUUCCCGAAUCCUUUGAGGAGCAAAUGAUGGUGGCCAUGGCUGUUUCGUUGGCGGAGGCUCGAUCCAGGAGUAGUACCCCCGGGGUUGCUUGGCAAUGACACGUGUUGUGAUGUGAGUUAGGCGGGAGAUUGGAAGUUGCUGAUGAGUUUGAUUGAUGGCAGUGGAGGUUCUCUUCAAACCCUACAGGAUGAUGAUGAUGAUGAUUAUAUAUAUAUAUAUAGACAGAUAGAUACACGUAUGAAUGUAUGUAUAUGUUAUGUGUAGAUUGAUUGGACAAGAGAGAGAGAGAGAGAGAGAGAGAGAGAGAGAGAGAGACGAUCACAGAGUUUAGUUAUAACUUGCUGGUGUUGUAGUGUUGUGAUGUGUCUAAAAAAUGUGUUGGUUCUUAGUUGGAAUUUGUUUUGUAAGGUGGAUGGAUAGAUACAUUCGUUUAAUGAUUUUAUUUUAUUUUAUUUA